GCUUCUGCAGAUCGUCAAAUGACAAAAGACGCGACCAAUGCAUCAUUUAUUCCUCUCUCCCGCUUCCUUCCCAGACCACACCUUCCUCUGCUUAUCUCUGCAGAAUCAGAACCCGUCCCUUUUACGACAACGUUUUAGCACCGUCACCGUUUGCAGGUCCAAAGAUCACGGACGGUCCAGAUUGUCCCCGACUCGGGCCCCACACGAUCAGAUACCGUUAGCAGUCCAUCACCACCACCUCACUAUAAAUACCCAUCACCUCACGCGCCUAAAUUCUCCUUCCACAAUACCCGUGCGUCGCUCCCCUUCUCUCUCUAGACUUUCUCUCUUCUCCGCCAUGGCGACGACGCCCGAGAUGGAGCCGCUGACCUCCGGUGCCAGCAACCGCAUAAUCCCGAUCCUGAAGGCGUUGAGGUCGGCGCUGGUGUUCGUCCACACGCUCGUGAUCUCGCUCCUCGUCGCGCUCCUCCCCCGCCGCCGCCGCCGCCAUUCUUCGGACGAGCAGCCGUCGCCGGCGAGGAAGCGGAAGUCGCUGUGGAAGAUAGAGGAGGAGGACACCCUAAGGAGGAGGACCCUCGCUGAGGCCUUGGACAUGGGAUUCGACGACCACCGGGACUUCCGCUACCGCUGGGGAAACUCGUUGUUCUUCGGAGUCAGACACAACGCGUUGUUCUGUCGGUCUUGGAUUCCGGUUUCCGGUCAAUUGAAGGGUAUUCUGAUUAUUAUUCAUGGGCUUAAUGAGCAUAGUGGCAGAUAUGUUCAUUUCGCAAGGCAACUAAACUCAUGCAACUUUGGGGUCUAUGCAAUGGAUUGGAUAGGUCAUGGUGGGAGCGAUGGAUUGCACGGAUACGUUCCUUCACUUGACCAUGUUGUUGCUGACACUGGGGCUUUCUUGGAAAAAAUUAAAUCCGAGAACCCUGGAGUACCAUGCUUCCUUUUCGGUCACUCCACUGGUGGGGCUGUAGUUUUGAAGGCAGCUUCCCACCCACACAUUGAACAAAUGCUUGAGGGUAUCGUGCUAACUUCACCUGCUUUGCGUGUUAAGCCAGCACAUCCAAUUGUUGGGGCUUUUUCUUUCCCCCCAUCUGUACAGGCUGUGGCUCCAAUAUUCUCUCUGGUUGUUCCUAAGUUCCAGUUCAAAGGUGCGAACAAAAGGGGCAUUCCAGUUUCUAGAGAUCCCGCAGCAUUGUUGGCGAAGUACUCGGAUCCAUUGGUCUACACAGGACCAAUAAGGGUCCGAACAGGCCACGAGAUUCUGCGUAUUUCAUCAUAUUUAAUGCGUAACUUAAAGUCCGUCACAGUUCCGUUCUUUGUUCUUCAUGGUACAGCGGACACGGUCACUGAUCCUCUAGCCUCUAAGGAUCUUUACAACGAGGCUGCAUCCAAGUUCAAGGACAUAAAACUGUACGAUGGUUUCUUGCAUGACCUUCUCUUUGAGCCCGAACGCAAAGAGAUUGCUCAAGAUAUCAUUGACUGGAUGGAGAAGAGACUCUGUGGUGGCCUUGAGAAUGGCAACAAUGUUUGGUAAACUCCCCUGCCUUUGCUUCUCCUGCUUUCCAAGAAAAUGGGAGAAGGAUACAUGGGUCUUUCAAGGAAUAGAAGCUGGUAGGUGAUACACAUAUCUAUACUAGACUGUAUAAAUAAAGUUCAACUGUUUCAGCCAAAAAAAAAAAAAAAAA